CUCAAAUGGGAAUCAACGGCAGUGGAUGUAGAGCUUGAGCUACAGUCAAUGCUUUGCCCGAUCGCUGAGAAACUAGAGCAAUGUGAGCGAUUACCGGUCGAAUGGCCAAAAGUCGGCAUACCUUUCGUUCAGCCCUUGCUCGAACUUUUUUCGGACAAUCCUCUCGCUGAUUUUUCUGAAACCUCUUCAAUGUCUGCACAAGUUGGUAAGCAUCUGGUUGCAGCACGCAUUUAUUCCAGGUUCCGUAUGGCUAAUGCUUGUGAUUUUUAUGUGUAA